CUCUGGGAUCCACCUCUGCCUCCUACAAGUCUACACCAGAGAACUGGGCACAAAAUGAACCAACACACUAUUGGCUCACAAUGCUCCAGACCAUCCGACUGAACCCUGAGAGCCCAAAAAUGUCUGCGUGCAAUGACUUUGUGGAGCACAUUUGGAAGCCUGGGUCCUGCAAGAACUGCUUCUGCCUGCGGAGUGACCACCAGCUGGCCAUUGGCCAUCCCCAGUCCAGAACAGGCAGCCUGCCCCCUCCCCCUCGCCUGCCCCCCAGGCCUGAGAACUGUCGCCUGGAUGAUGACGGCUCACCCUACUCGAAGCCUACCAUUGCUGUGAAGCCCACCAUGAUGAGCUCCGAGGCCUCUGAUGUGUGGGCAGAGGCUAGUCUGAGUGCUGAAGUCUCACAGGUCAUCUGGAGACGAGCCCCGAGCAAGCUGCCCCUCCCGAAGCAGGAUGACGUGCCCAUAGUCUACCUAGGCAGCUUCCGAGGAGUUCAGAAGCCUGCUGGUCCCGUUGCCUGCACAGAGGGCAGCUCCCACUGCCCGCCUGCCUAUGCCAUGGUUGGCUUGCACAGCCUAGACCAAGGGGAAAGGAGCAUUGCCUUCCACCCAGUGAGCUACCCAGAGGAGAAGGCCAGGCGAGAAGAGAAACCUUCAUUUCCCUACCAGGAGCUGUCCUCUGCUCAAGAAAGCUUCCGCCAGAAACUGGCUGCCUUUUCUGGGAUGACAUCUGGCUGUCACAAGGGCCCUAGGCCCUGCCCAUCUCCACAGCCCCUACGGGCGUCCCUGCCCUCAGAAGAUGACAGUGAUCAAAGGUGCUCACCCUCAGGGGACAGUGAAGGCGGAGAAUACUGCUCCAUCCUGGACUGUUGCCCAGGAAGCCCAGUUGCCAAGGACACCAUGAAUGCUGAGGGCUCCCUGGGCAGACAUGGCGGAGGGGACUGCUCACCCACAUGCUGGGAGCAGGGAAUGUGUGCCCAGCCAGGGCAAGAGGAGAAGCGCGUUCUAAACUUCCCCAGGGAGUUUUGUGGCCAGGGUCCCACAACGAACCCACCCCAUCUGGUCUCUAAGAAGCUGACCUCAGAAGCUGCCAGUUCUGAUGGCCUGUCCUGUGGCAGCAGCAGUGGCACCAGCAGUCCCUUUACCCCACACCUGGAGAGCGAUUACUGCUCUCUCAUGAAGGAACCUGUCCCGGGGAAGCAGCAGGACUCUGGCUGUCAUGUAAUGACCUCUAACAAAUGCCUGGGACUAGCUGUGGAACCCCAAUCUCCAGCCCAGCCCAGGGAAGCAGUACAGCCUGAACCCAUCUACGCUGAGAGCACUAAAAGGAAGAAGGCAGUUCCAGUGCCUUCGAGGCCACAGGCCAAGGCAGAGCAGGCAACAGCUGCUCCAGGCCAAACCCAUGGCCACCAAGCAUGGGCAGGGGAUACCUGGGCUCAGAAAAUACCAUCUGGUUGGAGCCGGGACAAGGAAGGCCCAGAUAAAGCUCCCCAGGUGGCAACCACCAUUACAGUCAUGGCAGCACACCCAGAAGAGGACCAUAGGACCAUCUAUCUGAGCAGCCCUGACUCUGCAGUGGGGGUGCAGUGGCCACAUGGACCUGUGAACCAAGACUUAGAGGCCGGUACAGAGGAAACAUCAGCCCGGCAGGGACCCAGCUCCAGGGAAAGCCAGGCUCAUGGUCUGACUGAGACCACCCCCAGGGGGAGGCCUGCCAUUCCCCCCAAGUUGUCUAAGAGUAGCCCUGGAGGAUCUCCAGCAUCACCAUCGGCCUUGACCCUAGCCGAUGUCGGUGAUGGGAGCUCCAAUGGCAGUGGCUCUGGGUCCCAGCUUUCUUCUCGAGGCCCUGCCGAGCUCACUGCUUCCUGCCGAGCCAACAGUGCCACUGUCAGUGAGCCUGCCAGGUGUCCUCCUGCAGUGUCCUCUUCGGCCGUGGACCAGAGGCGGCCCAAGUACCAGACUGGCGCCUGGAGUCGGAUAGAGGAAGAGGAAGAGGUGGAGCAGGAAUUGUUGAAUCAAAGCUGGGGAAGAAAGACAGAAAAUGGCACUGCAGCCCUUUCAAACUCUUCUACCUGGCAUCGACUCCACCCCAGUGAUGGCUCCUCUGGGCAGAAUGGCAAAGUUGGGACUGGGAUGAGCAAAUCAGCCUCUUUUGCCUUUGAGUUUCCCAAGGACAGAAGUGGGCUGGAGACAUUCUCCCCGCCCCCUCCCCCUCCCAAGUCAAGGCACCUUUUAAAAAUGAACAAGAGCAGUUCUGAUUUGGAAAAAGCGAGCCAGGGCUCUGCAGAAAGCCUCAGCCCAUCCUUCAGGAGUGUCCACGUCAGCUUCACCUCUGGCUCCACAGACAGCCUGGCCUCGGACUCCAGGACCUGCAGCGAUGGAGGACCAUCAUAUGAGCCAACACAUUCUCCCACAAUCAGUGGGAAGAAGCUUUUUGCUCCUGUCCCAUUCCCUUCGGGCUCCACUGAGGAUGUGUGCCCCAGUGGCCCUGCACAACCUCCUCCACUCCCCCAGAAAAAGAUAGUGAGCCGGGCAGCCUCUUCACCAGAUGGCUUCUUCUGGACCCAAGGCUCCCCCAAGCCGCGAACUGCAAGCCCCAAGCUGAACCUAAGCCACUCAGAAACCAACGUCUGUGUCCACGAUGAUGCUCCCUUUAGCUACUCCCUGAGCUCUGGGAACCGCCACCCUCAUGUCUUCUCCUCAUCUGAGCCUCUAGAGAAAGCUUUCAAAGGCAACGGCCACUGGGUCCCAGCCUCAGGACUGGCUAGCCCCAAAAGCGACUGUGUGAAUCCCAACUUCCAAUGCACAGUGGCUGUGACCACGUCAUCCUCCCAGCUGAGUGUGGCCAGCCAGGCCUCCUCUGGCAGCACCCAGCUCCAGCUACACAGCCUCCUGAACAGCAUCAGCAGCAAAGAGGGCACCUAUGCCAAGCUGGGGGGACUCUACACUCAGUCCCUGGCCCGUCUCGUAGCCAAAUGUGAAGAUCUCUUCAUGGGUGGCCAGAAAAGGGAACUGCAUUUCAAUGAAAACAACUGGUCACUCUUCAAGCUGACCUGUAACAAGCCCUGUUGUGACUCAGGAGAUGCUAUUUAUUACUGUGCCACCUGCUCGGAGGACCCUGGCAGCACUUAUGCUGUGAAAAUCUGCAAAACCCCUGAGCCCAAAACAGCCUCUUACUGCAGCCCCUCUGUGCCUGUGCAUUUCAACAUCCAGCAGGACUGCGGCCACUUUGUGGCGUCGGUGCCCUCCAGCAUGCUCACCUCCCCUGACGCGUCCAAGGACCCUCUACCUGCCCUCCCCUCCCACCUCCCUUCCCAGGAGCAGGACUGCGUGGUAGUGAUCACCCGAGAGGUGCCCCACCAGACAGCCUCCGACUUUGUCCGGGACUCGGUCGCCAGCCACAGCGCAGAGCCCGAGGUCUACGAAAGGCGCGUGUGCUUCCUGCUCCUACAGCUGUGCAACGGGCUGGAGCAUCUCAAGGAGCACGGCAUCAUCCAUCGGGACCUGUGCUUGGAGAACCUGCUGCUGGUACACUGCAGCCCCCAGGCCUCUCCGGGGCUGCCCUCGGCCUCCCCUGCCCCACUCGCCCCUACUACCAUCCCUACCCCGGCCCCGGCCAGUGGCCCUCCUGGCCCUGCAGCCGUCCCCGCCUGCCAGGCAGCACCUGGUGAGAAGCAGUUACCCAGGCUCAUCAUCAGCAAUUUCCUGAAGGCCAAGCAGAAACCCGGUGGCACUUCCAACCUGCAGCAGAAGAAGAGCCAGGCCCGGCUGGCCCCCGAGAUCGUGUCUGCCUCCCAGUACCGCAAGUUCGACGAGUUCCAGACCGGCAUCCUGAUCUACGAGCUGCUGCACCAGCCCAACCCGUUCGAGGUGCGGGCCCAGCUGCGCGAGCAGGACUACCGGCGGGAGGACCUGCCCCCGCUGCCCACCCUGUCCCUGUACUCGCCCGGCCUGCAGCAGCUGGCGCACCUGCUGCUCGAGGCCGACCCCAUCAAGCGCAUCCGCAUCGGCGAGGCCAAGCGCGUGCUGCAGUGUCUGCUGUGGGGGCCCCGGCGCGAGCUGGUGGAGCAGCCGGCCACUUCGGAGGAGGCGCUGUGCAGCACGCUUCACAACUGGAUCGACAUGAAGCGGGCCCUGAUGAUGAUGAAGUUUGCCGAGAAGGCGGUGGACCGCAGGCGCGGGGUGGAGCUGGAGGACUGGCUUUGCUGCCAGUACCUGGCAGCCGCAGAACCAGGAGCGCUCUUACAAUCGCUGAAGCUCCUGCAGCUUCUGUGACCCCAGCCCCCAGCCAGCCCCGCUCUUUGGCUGAACCCUUCCAUGCCUGCCCCUUGCCUUGUCUUGGAGGUAUCCUGUCUCCCUGGGAAAUGGUACAAGUGACUAUCUUGUUCGGGUGUAAUGUAUACAUAUACAUAUAUAUAUAUAUAUAUAUAUAAUAUAAAUAUGAAAGACGAAGGAUGUUGUUCACACCAGUUCAUUCACAACCCCCCCCCCCACAUCUCCCUCCGUGUGUUUCCUCUAAUUUAUGUAUAUUUUUAGCCCUGUGCAAGGAAAAUUCUGCUGACAGAAUGAAGCCUGGACUUUGAUCUUGCCAUAUCUUUAUGGAAUCUCCUCACCCCCUCAUCAAAUUGUUAUUUAAAACAACAACAUCAAUAAACAACAACAGCAACAAAAAUCUUGGUUAAAUUACAAGAA